AUGACCCUUGUCAAGCGCGAGCUGCAGGGCCUGACUUUGGGAAAGCCUUCUCCCCCUGGGGCGGACCCUGCGGUUUCCUCCCGGGGUGACUUCCGGCAGAGAGGACUUGGCCCCCAGAGAGGGCGGGAGGUGACACAGUUGUUCCCCCAGCCCUGCGGGGCGGGCAGCACGGUUCACUCCAGCAUGGGGGCUCCAGAAAUAAGAAUGUCUAAGCCCCUGGAGGCCGAGAAGCAAGGUCUGGACUCCCCGUCAGAGCACACAGACACUGAAAGAAAUGGACCCGACACUAACCACCAGGUGGGCAUUCUCUCUGGCCUCCACUUAACAUUCUGGGGUCCCGGACCCUGCCUCUCUCCCCCCCAGAUCAAGGCCGAAGACCCCAGUGGUGACUCAGCCCCAGCAGCACCCCCGCCCCCCCAGCCGGCUCAGCCACAUCUGCCCCAGGCCCAGCUCAUGCUGACGGGCAGCCAGCUCGCCGGGGACAUACAGCAGCUUCUCCAGCUCCAGCAGCUGGUGCUUGUGCCGGGUCAUCACCUCCAGCCCCCUGCUCAGUUCCUGCUGCCGCAGGCCCAGCAGAGUCAGCCAGGCCUGCUACCGACGCCAAAUCUAUUCCAGCUACCUCAGCAAACCCAGGGAGCUCUUCUGACCUCCCAGCCCCGGGCCGGGCUGCCCACGCAGGCCGUGACCCGCCCUACGCUGCCCGACCCAUCCCGCAUCCCGACGGCCCAGGGUGACGUGGGCCUGGCCAUGGGCAAGCUCUACGGCAACGACUUCAGCCAGACGACUAUCUCCCGCUUCGAGGCCCUCAACCUGAGCUUCAAGAACAUGUGCAAACUCAAGCCCCUCCUGGAGAAGUGGCUCAACGACGCAGAGACUAUGUCCGUGGACUCCAGCCUGCCCAGCCCCAACCAGCUGAGCAGCCCCAGCCUGGGUUUCGAUGGGCUCCCAGGCCGGAGACGCAAGAAGAGGACCAGCAUCGAGACGAACGUCCGCUUCGCCUUAGAGAAGAGUUUUCUAGCGAACCAGAAGCCUACCUCAGAGGAGAUCCUGCUGAUCGCGGAGCAGCUGCACAUGGAGAAGGAAGUGAUCCGCGUCUGGUUCUGCAACCGGCGCCAGAAGGAGAAACGCAUCAACCCCUGCAGCGCGGCCCCCAUGCUGCCCAGCCCCGGGAAGCCGGCCAGCUACAGCCCCCAUCUGGUCACACCCCAAGGGAGUGCUGGGACCUUGCCGAUGUCCCAAGCUUCCAGCAGUCUGAGCACAACAGUUACUACCUUAUCCUCAGCUGUGGGGACGCUCCACCCCAGCCGGACAGCCGGAGGGGGUGGGGGCGGGGGCGGGGCUGCGCCCCCCCUCAAUUCCAUUCCUUCUGUCACUCCCCCACCCCCGGCCACCACCAACAGCACAAAUCCCAGCCCUCAAGGCAGCCACUCGGCUAUCGGCUUGUCGGGCCUGAACCCCAGCGCGGGAAGCACAAUGGUGGGGUUGAGCUCCGGGCUGAGUCCAGCCCUCAUGAGCAACAACCCUUUGGCUACUAUCCAAGCCCUGGCCUCUGGUGGAACCCUGCCCCUUACCAGCCUUGACGGCAGCGGGAACCUGGUGCUGGGGGCAGCUGGUGCGGCCCCGGGGAGCCCUGGCCUGGUGACC